AUGGAAGUCACGUGGGUAAUCAAGGUGGAUGAAGGCAAGCACAUCAACCUAACACUUGAUGUUAUAGAUGUUGAAGCGUAUCGAGGAAAAUGUAUUGAUAUUAUCGAGAUUAAGGACGGUGAUGAUUCUGAAGCCCCAUUUCUAGGUAAUAGACUUUGGCAGAAAUGCGUCUAUAAACUAAAUGUUAUAUGAAUGUCUACAGGUUGAAAACAAAACAAUGAAACAUUCUGAUCACUAGAUCAUGACUGGAUGGCUUGGAGAACAGUGACAUUUUCAAAACAAUGAAAAGACAUUGGAACAUUCUGGUCACUGGAUCAUGACUGGAUGGCAUGGAGAACAGUGGGAUUUUCAAAACAAUGAAAAGACAUUGGAACAUUCUGGUCACUGAAUCAUGACUGGAUGGCUUGGAGAACAGUGAGAUUUUCAAAACAAUGAAAAGACAUUGGAACAUUCUGAUCACUAGAUCAUGACUGGAUGGCAUGGAAAUUCCGCGAAGGGCCCAUUCCUGCAUUACUAACUUGAACGAGUUUUUUUCAGGUGGAUAUUGCAACUCACAUAAACCGACCUAUAGUCUUUUAUCAAGCAGUAAUGCAUUGCGAGUGUGGUUCCAAUCAGCGAAGAACAGUGACGGAGGUCUGGGUUUUAAUGUUUCCUACACGACAGCUGAUAAUAAAGGUUGGUGACCGACAAUCUAAAAUCAUUAAUUAUUCAUAACAAAGCAAAGGGAAUAUGACUUUGCGCAAACGCCAAAGACUGGUUCACACUGUCAAAAUUUCCCUGAUCACAGUUGGAAUUUUGCAUCGGUACUGAAAUUCUAUGUUUUGAAGGAUUUGUGAGAAAUGUUUGACAGUUUGAGGGAGUUCCCUUAGUAUAAGUUCUGGGAAUUUAGUAUUUUUCUUGUAUAAUCUCUAGCCUGUGGAGGUAAGCUCGAUUCAUUUCCUGGCACCAUCACUACUCCUCGUUAUCCUCUCCCGUACCCAAACAACCGUGAAUGUAGCUGGAAGAUCCUAGCUCCACCAGGAAUGUAUAUUCAUGUCGAGUUUCAUGGCGUUUAUAGCUUGGACUACCUGUGCAGUUAUAUGGAAUGCGAAUGCAAAGAUAUUCUUGAUAUUAAAGAUGGCGGGAAACCAUUACCCCAUGUCCCGUUUCAUGGGUGAGUAUGCACUGUUAACAAAGACAGCUGCGAAUUGAUAGAGGAUACAUAAAGCCCAAUUUUGUUUUUCUGCAUGUUAAUGUUCUGAGUAUAUGUACCUUCCAGUGGUACCUUCAUCUGAACAUAACUUAUCCACUCGUUCACAUUCAUCAUCAGAAGAAAAUCGCACUAGAAAUCGCAGAAAAAAUUGCAAGUGUAAACGGGCCUUUAAACUACCUGAAAACUAGGUCGAAGUUCUGCCCACAGCUUUCUCAUUAUCCUCACGACCUACACGGGUACAGACCAGACAGUUGAGUAAGAAAUUCAAUCAAUUAUCCGAAAAAGCGAAGUCUGUUUUCCACAUCAAUCAUAUCGUAAUGUACCGUAGAGUCUUCUUAUGUGAAUAUCAUUGAUUUUUCUCAAUAUAUUCCUAUUUCCUCUGAACAGAUAUUGCAUUGCAAAACCAUGGCCAUUCACUUCCAGAACAAAUGAAGUUUCAUUGAAGUUCGUCUCAGAUGACGCUGGACGUUUUGAAGGAUUCAGGGCGAUAUAUACUACUUCACUAACUGAAAGUAAGUCACAGAGUAGAUAGAUACAGAUGCCAGACUCAGUCGUUUCUCUAAAAGUAAGUCACAGAGUAGAUGGAUACAGAUGCCAGACGAAGUUUUUUUCUUCUGUUUUCUAACUCAAAUCUCACCACCUUACUAGAUUGUGGAGCAGAUCUUUGGAGUGAUCAUGGACUCAUUACCAGUCCUAAUUACCCUUACAGUUAUCACUCGUAUAGAACAUGUAUCUGGCGAAUCACAGUGCCAGAUGAUCAUUACGUCAUUAUCACGUUCCACGAGUUUGACAUCAACAAAUCACGCCACGAGUGUUUCGUGGAUAACUUGGAGAUUCACGAUGGAUAUACAAAAGACAGCCCCUUGCUAGGUAACAUUUCAGCGAGGAAUUUCAUUUCUCUUCAUUUUUUUCGAAAAAAUAGCAGAAGCUACUAGUGCCUUUCCCUUUAACGACUGCAUGACGGCUUACAGGACAGUACUUUAGGGAGAACAGUUUAGAACUGAUAGAGCUUUCCAGUAUGAAGACUGAAUAUAGUUUAGGCUUUCUCAAUUAGUAACUGAACCAUAGUUACUACUAAAGAUAUGAUGGUCUGGAAGCCUGGCAAACUUCAAAGCUAUAAAAUAGAAGACCUUUGUUUGAUGAUGAACUGUGCCUCACCAUGCACAAAUCCUUUGUCUCAACUUCAUUAAAUAUUAUUCAUCGUGGUUGCACGUUUCAUCUCAGCUAUCCUUAUUGGACGAUUACGUCAUUAUACGAAAAUACAAUGAGCUCAAUCACCGUGACAGUGCACAAUUUAACAUAUCUAGGACAUCUAGCUAAUAAAUUCAGAUGUGUUUCCAAAUUCAUCAUUACUGUUAGUAUUGCCAUGGAUAAUACAAUACAUGGAUAGGAAACCAGCUGACGUGACCUAAUGUUUUCAAUGGGAUGAUGGCGUUGCAACCUAGUUGCAAACCAAAUUCUCAAAAAUGGCAUGUUUAGCGAUAAUACAGCUAAACAUUUUAGUCAAAGAGCAAAUAAAUAUGACUAAGCCAUUCUACGAUGAAAUCUCUAAGUAUUCCCGGUCAAUUUUAGCAAAUAUUUCAAGCACUAAACAGUGAAAAAUGCAUUGCAAAUUUCGUAAAAAUUGGCGACGCCAAUUUCGUUGCUGCAAAUGUCAAAAAAAUACAAAACAAAGACGAAAAACACUUACCUUGAAUACUUUGUCGUGGCUUAGGCAUGUUUUUAAAACAAUUAGACCAGUUUAUGCUUCAAUAUUACUCUUUUGAAGCGGAAAAUAUAGCGAAACAACAAAAAUGCUGAAAAUUUUCGCAAUACACAUGACGUCACAGAUUGCAACUAGGUUUAGACUGUGACGUCAGGAAGUUUCCUAUCCAGUUAUUUUACAAUCCAUGGUAUUGCGAAAAAUACUUUAACACAAAAAUUUUAAUUUUUUUUUGUAAAUCUUUGUUUAGCCAAACUGUGUAAUUCCAAUUUUGUGAGCAAAGUGAAUUCAACAGGAAACAAAAUGUACAUUGUGUUUAAUUCUGGUUUCAAUUUAAAAGCUAAAGGAUUCAAAGCAACUUACGCCAGUUAUAAAAGAGGUAAGGACUAAGGACAAAUUAGGAGUAGCCAAUCAAGUGAUACUAAAGACAGCGAAUAAUUCUGCUGCAUACCAAGGAGUUGCAUGCGAAGGAGGCAAGAAUAUCAUUAUUUUUUUCUCUUUAGAUAUGCUUUCAGGGAAUUCGAAAAAAAGGGCACCAAGACAUAACGAGAUGGAACUAUCAGGUGGGUGUGACUUCGAAAUGAAACAAACCGUUUAUCCUAGAGGUCAGCCUACUUCCCCCGCAGGCUAAGGCGCCCGUUCGCAGGCUAGAAUUUGAAAAGGUGGUAGAGUAGAGGCAAUCCGCAGUGUUUGAUAACACUCUUCUUACAUGCGAGCGAGACGGAGUUGCGACUGCAUAUCGCAAGAUUCGAACCAGGGGUAACAGAAGCUACACAAGGUGUGCAAACCACUGGCCGUAACCCAUGUAUAUUUCUUGUUAGGAUUUUCACAGAAGAAACCAUUCAAUAUGGCAACAAAGAUGAUCGCCUCAUUUUGGAUGAUACCUUUGGGAUUGCUAGGAAUUCUUGGACAUGAUCUUUGA